AUGGACAAGAAGGAUGAGACCACAACCGUCAGGCCGAAAACGGCGCAGCCCGCGACGAGGCCAUUGACCAAGACUGCUUCUCCUAGGUUGCCCACAACCUCGCGGCCGUCCACGACUUCUUCUGCGACCAGACCGGCUGUCGGAAGUUCGCUGAGCAAGCCGCCAGCGAGACCCAGCACCACCUCGUCCACUGUUCGCAAGCCUGCCACCACCACUACCCACAAGAAACGAGACUCGGACAGCACGGUAGACGAGAAACCUUCGGGCGACGAAAAGACAAAGGAUGGCAUUUCUGCGAAGCCCAAGCGGAUGUCGCUGGCGGCAUCUACCUCUUCUGAUCGAGCCUCCACUACUACAAAGUCAGUCGCUGCCACCCCUGCGCGGCGAACUAGCAUCCAGCCCUCAACGACGGCGACGAAACCGACUACCGCUCGGACUCGACCUCUCGUCCCCUCGUCAAGGCCCACCGGCGCCGCAUCGGUUGGGGAGAGGAAACGUCUAAGCACAAUACCUGCCUCUCCCGUGGUCAAAUCAGGCGCCGAGUCGGAGGAUAAUAAGGAAAACACUACGUCUAAAACAGAGCCCAUGACUGUUCCCGUCCGUCCGGCGUUGGGAUCGAGAAAGUCCACCCGGUCAGUCUUAAUCGAGCAACGUAUCAGGGAGUUUGAACUCGUCAACAGUAUGUUGCAAGCCGCCAUGACUGCUGAUGGUGCCGAUGAACAAGAGCAACAUUCCAUGGAUCAAGAGGCUGCCACCACAAUCGCAAAACUAAAGUCAGACUUGGCAAAGGUCAGGGAUUACGAACGGAAGCAUGGUCGAGUGCCUACAACGGCAGAAUUGGAAGAGAUUCAAUCUGUCGCCGGAGGAUCGAUUCCUGAGCCUCAUGACGAUGCCGACGCCCGCUUGGUUGAGGAAGUUCAAGAUGCCUCUGUCACCGAGUUACAGAAGGACUUGGCUGAAAGCAGAGCCCAAGCUGAGGCUUUGCAGACCGAAUUGAUGGAACUGAAGGCCAAGCUGGAAGUGUCCACUCAGAGUGCAGCGGAGGAGAGCGGUCGUGUGCAGGAAGCCACCGAAGCAGUUCGCAAGGAGCACACAGCCAAAAUCGAUGAAUUAGGGUCUCUCCACGAGACCAGAGUCCAGGAGCUGGAGAAUGCGCAUCGAGAACGCCUGCAAAAGCUUUCUGAUGGACACGAGUCUGAAAAAGGCCAGCUGUCGCAAGAACUUGCCGCAUCCCAAGAUGUUGCCGCUCAGUUGAAGUUGGAUUUGGAGGAACUUCGCAAAACAGCUGCCGAGCGAGCGUCUGCGGCAGACAGCUACAGCGAAAUGAAGAACACAUUGGAGACCAAGAUCGGAAGCCUCGAAGUCCAGCUCAAAUCACAAUCGGCCGAAAGCCAGCGGAAGAUGGACCAGGUGGAGACCGAGGUCGCCACCAAGCAGAAGGAGAUCACCCAAAAGCAGGAGGAGCUUGCAAAGGUCAACAAAGAGGCAUCUCGUCAGAAGCAGGUCAUUCAAUCCUUGAAGGAUCAGGUCUUGGGUUUCGAGCAGGCAAAGAAAGAAGCGGAUGACGCGCAAUCAAGGACAAUCAAACAGCUUGAGGAGCAGAUUAAAACAUUGCAACAAGAAAAGGCCGAUGCCGCUGCCACAGCAGCAGCCUCUUUAGCAAGGGUCGAGAAAACCCAGGCUGAGCAGUUAGAAGCUAUCAAGCGACAGUUGAGCGAAGCCCAGGACCAGCUGAAGAAAGCCCAAGAUUCAGGCGAUACCAAAUUGCAGGACAUGCUUAAGAAAUCGGAAGCCGACAUUGCCGCUGCCAACGCCGAGCUUGAGGCUGCCAAGAGUUCGAAUUCGAGCAGGAUCCAAGACCUCGAGGCACAGCUCCAAAAGAUACAGGAUGAAGCAGUGACCAAGGCAUCAGAGCACGAGGGAGCUCUCGCCGGUCUACAAAGCCAAUUGGAUGCAGCGAAGAGUGCUCUUCUCGAGGCCACAUCGAACCACGAAACGAUCCUGAAAGACCAUGAGGCUCGUAGUAAAUCUGCUGAGGAAGAGCUCGCUGCGCUGAAGGCUUCCCAUGGAAAGGAGCUUGCUGAUAUCCACUCUGGAAUCCAGUCAAAGCAUGAAGAGGAGAUCACCGCACUGAAAGCUGCUCAUGCCAAGGAGGUGGCGGAUCUCCAGUCGAAGUUACAGUCAAAGAACGACGAAGAACUUGAUGCUCUGAAGAACGGCCAUGGCGAGCAAAUUCGGCAGCUUGAGGAGAGGCUUCAGGCGUCACAACAGGAGGUUUCGUCCCUCAAAAAGACACAUGCAGCUCAGAUCAAGCAAUUGGAGGACCAGAUGAAUGCGUCGCUCAAAGACCUCGGGCUCAUCGAAGCCGGUCACUUUGAACAGGUCGAUCGCAUCAAGGCCGAGGCGGCUGAGUCGCAGCAGAGAGCCGUUGAAGAAGCGGAGAAGAUCCACAUUGAGAGAGUGCGGGACCUCGAGCAACAGCUUCAUGCGGCACAGGCGGAUAUAGCAGAACUCAGAGCGAGUCAUAGCUCGCAACUAGAAGAUCUGGAGAAACAACGAACCUCCGAGCACGAAGUCUCUUUGAACUCGUUGAAAGAGUCUCAUGCCGCAGCAAUCCAGGGUCUGGAGGAUCAGUUGAAACUCUCCGAUGACUCCAUGGAGACGGUCAAGGCUGAGCAUGCCGAGCAACUGAAACUGGUGGAAGAUGAGAUAUCAUCCCGUCAUGCCGAGACAAUCAACGCCUUGAAGGAAGAGCAAGCCAAACAACUUCAAGACAUGGAGAGCAAAGCCGAGUCAAGCCGGGAAGAGGCUCUGGAGGAGCUACGCUCGAGUCUCGCGGAGGAGAAGCGUCAGCUAGAAUCACAGCUGAACUCGAUCCAACAGGACCUUCAAGGUGCAAGAGCGCAAACUCAGAUGAUGAAGAGUAUCAUUCAAGACACAGAGAAGGACAGCCGAGAGAAGGAAGAGCAGCUCAAUGACGAAAUCGAGAAACUGAGAGCAGACAUGUCGACAUCUGUGAUGAAGCUUGCUCGCAUGAGCGAGAUUCAGUUCCAACAUGACCAAGUUGUGGCCGCGAAGACCGCCUUGGAAGCCAAGGUUCAAGAAGACUUGGAUGCCUUGCGCGCCGAACACGAGAAAUCACUGGCUGAACUGCAGGCUAGUCUGGAACAACAGCACCAGCGGGCGGUCGAGCAGAUGCAAGAAGAUCACGCGAAAAGCAUCGAGUCGACUCGAUCGGCCGCCAAGUUGGAGGUGGAAGAACUGGAAAAGAAGCUGAAGGAAACCCACGAUGCGCAAUUGGAUGAGGUUAUGAAGACCCUCGAGAGCCAGUGGAAGUCUCAGGUCGACCAACUGGAGGAGCAGAAUGCGGCCGCUAGUUCCCGCUUGAGCAAAGCGCAAACGGAUCACGAGCAAGCGGUGCAGAAGCUCGAAUUGGAGCACGACGCGGCAUUAGGCAAACUCCUUGCGGAGCUACAGGAGGUGCGCGAGGCUGCCGAAGCCGGCCAAUCGUCGACCGAGCUGGACCUACUUCGGAAACAGCUGGCUCAGGCCCACGAGCAGGCGCAGAAGCUAGAAAUGAAACACGCGGAGGCGGACCAGGAGCGGGAAUCCACUUUGGCCACCCUGAAGCAACAGCUCACCGAAGCGGAAACCCUUGCCACACAGCACCUGGAGCGAGCCAAGGAACUGGAGCAAAAGCAACAUGAAGCAGUUGAUCUCGCAAUCGAGGAGAAUGCAUCCGCCCUGGCAGCGAUAAGAAAAGAGCUUGGCGCCGCAAAGGAGGCUCAUGCGCAGCAGCUCGAGCGGACCAAAGAGCUUGAAGAGCAGCACAGCAAGGCGAUGGUUGCUGCCAUCGAGGAACGGGAAUCCGCUCUGGCCAUCAUGAGGCGAGAGCUCGAGGCUGCAAAGGAAGCCGCCGCGCACCUAGAUCCAUCACAACUCGAAGAGCUGAACAGAAAGUACCUUGACGCCCAGCACGAGCUUUCGGCACUGCAGGCUAAGCAUGAGCAAGCCGUUCGGGAAGCCAGAGCAGAGUACGAGGUUCAGCUGGAGACGGCCCUCACGCGCCUACAUGCAAUGGAGAAGGCGAAUGAAAAAGAGCCAGAUUCGAAGGAUACCGAUGCCCCUAAUGCAAGCCUGGCCGAUGCAAACAAGAUCAUCAGUUCACUCCAAGUCGAGCUCGAAGGAGCAAUGCUUGAGAUCGAGACACAACGGACGCUGGCCGAGACCGCGCGGAAAGAGCUGGAGCAGUUGAAGACUCAGGCCAUUGCGCUGCCGAGUCCCAAGCCUCGCCGGAAGAGCAAAAGUCCCAAGAGAAAGUCAAUGAACGCGCAAUCACCUGCGACGUCGAAGCCAGGAUUGGAAUCGAGUAAAUGGGCCAAUCCUGUCGAAGACGCUCCUGCGCUGAGAGGCGGCAGCGGUGAAGACGACGACGACACCACGACUGCCACUGAUAAGAAACCACGUAACGUGGCGGGACAGCUGGCAGGCAUUCACGAGCAGAUCCGACAGCUUGACGAAAUGAGCGAAGACUUUCUGGAGGAUCAUCAGAAGAUGGCCAGUAUAUUGAGUCGCGUCGACGACGAGACCCAAUAUGUCAGCGUUGACUUUGAGGGCGAAGAAGGAUUGGAGAAAGCGGACUAG